AAGACAGUUUCGUCUAAGCUUGAAAAAUUCUCCGCGGCACAAAAAAGUCCGCUACCAACGCCAAUGCGAAAGACUGAAACUCCAAAGUUACCUCCUGUUAAAGACGCUAUACCGAAACCAUCAAACAAAAACUUGGACCUAAAAUGUUUCAGGUCAAAAUCAAGACAGAGCCCAACCAUACAACGUGUAAAAUCUAAAUUGUACAACACACGCCCUUUAUCCAACGCCGCAAACCUUGAAAGCGAUGAAACAUACUUUAAAAAAGCUGGAUCACCGAUCUCGAAGAAUGAUUCUGUUGGAAUAUCCAAGGGAAAAGUCAAUGGUGUUCCUUCUGAUACCAAAGUACAACGUAAACUCCCUCCUGUAAAACCUGUAAAUCAGCAUCUACGUGGUGAAGCAAGCAAAUUACAACUUGCAAUAAACGACAUCGUAAGAAGAAACAAGUUUCUCCAAAAAGAAAUCGAUACAGAGAAACAGAAUCUUGAAACUUUGUUUCCAACAGCUACAGUUGAGAAAAUACGAAAGGAGAAUAAUGAAUUAAGAUCGGAACAGAGUAAACUAAACAGAUUGCAAAGUAAGAUGGUUGCCAGGUUGAAAUUCUUAGAGCGUGAAAACGACAUUACUUCAUCUGAACACUCUGGUCUUCUGGACAAGAAAGGAAUUCAACUUCAUAGAAUUGGAAGUUUUGAAAAGAAAGUAGAAAGGAAAAACAAAGAGCUUGAGAAAUUAAAAAGGGAUGAAAUGGUUCUUUAGGAUCGGAAGAAAGAAGUGAAGCAAAGACUUCUCGAUUCUCUAGAAGAUGCAGAGAAGCAAUUAGCACGGAGGACGGAGAAGGAUCAAGAGCAUGAGCUUUGCAUAAAGUCGGUAUCCAAGUUAAAGUCGGAAGCAAUCAAGCUUCAAAUGUCUCUUCAAAGUAAAUUGGCUCAAAACGUCGACACGGAGAAUUCUCUUCAUCAACUUCAUGCUCAGAAUUCUCAACUUAAACAAAGAACAGAAAUCCAAGCUGCAAAAAUUAAGGAAUACAAAGAUACACUGGUCACUUUAACUAAAAAAUUAGAAGCCGUCAAAUCUGAAGCAAGCAUGGCCAAUACAGAUGUUUUAAACACUGAACGCUUAUACCGACAGAAAGAAGAGCUAAAAAUAUCCAUGGUUUCAAAGAAUUGCCAGACGAACGCAAGAUUAGUGAUACAGAGAGACAUUGCGUGGAUAAGAGUGGCAGAGGAAGAAGUUCUACUAUCUCCGCAUUGUGGCGAUUCUGCGUCAGGUAAAUUUCAUGGAGAAAAACAUGCUUCACCUAACCUACCAGUUGGUGCAACGACCCCAAUAUUUGAAGUUUAUAAUAUCGGUAAUAACGACGAGAGAGAAGAAGUGACAAGAAACAAGAGAUUGGUGGACGAACAAGAAGAUUCAGAAUUUAUUUGGACAAGUUAUGAAUAACUAUAAAACAAAUGUGCAUUUUGUAUUUUUGUACAUUUAACUCUAAUUGUAAGCUUAACUUUAAAUGGUUAACAUGAUAUAAAUACGUACAACUGCAAUAAUAGCUUUUGUUGGCAUUAAACAUACUUUACAUUAACAAAAUACAAUUUAGGUUUCAAAUCAACACCAUUUACUUUUGAUCGAUUAGAAGACAUUGAGAUAGCAAUAUCAACGUGAAAAAUGACAAAUUUAGGUAAUAAAUGCAAGGAUAAAACGAGAAUAUAAUAUGUAACAGGUAAGUGAAAAAUGAUGAUUUUUACAGGGAUAUUAAACUUUUCAAAAAAUUGCGAUUUCCAUGAAUGAUGUUUUAUUUAACCUAAUGUUAUGUAAAGUCAAGACACAUAUCACUGGUUGCUUUCCAUAUAAAACAUUGUACGACUAAAAGUUAGAGCUCAUACAUUUCAAAUAUCAAUGAUUGAAAAGUUGGUUAGAAAAAAAGGCAAAGUAAUGGAAGAUAACAAUAUCAGCAAUGGGUUGUUCAAAUUUUCAGCCACACAAAGAUGAAAUCUAAAAAAAAAUAAUCACCCACAAAGUAACAUACUUGGUAACUCGUAAGCUGGCACAAGGUGUGUGAAACAGAACAUUCGUGUUAUAACGACUGUAGUUUUCCGGCCAUGCGAAGAUAAAGUAAGUUACAUUCACAUUCAGCAGAAGGACAAUAAAAUGUCUUCUAAAAUUAAUGCGGAGGAAAAAAUAAGUAACAAUCAGUCAUGUUUUUUUUAACAUUACGAAUGCAAUAAAUUUUAAAGAAUUUGAAAUUAUUCAUUUAUCAACCACACCACUUAUAAAAGAAGAU